GCGGCCAUGGUAGGGGUGGAGGUGCAGGCAGCAAAUGAUAUUUAAGAUGCUGACUUGUAGAGCAUUCAGGCUUGGGAAGGAAAACCAUAGGAUAUCCAUUAAGCUUCACUUUCAGAAACUCAACCUUUGAGAAAGGCUAAGAAAGAGCCAGGAAAGAAAGAAAACAACAAAGUAGUGAGACCAUCAGAGUGAAAGUGUAAGGUCAGAGUUUGCUGCAGCUUUGCAGACCUCAGCUGGGCAUAUCCAGAUUCCCCCGAAGGAAGAUCCUUCCUCACCCACGCCUACAAAAAUGCUGAAAAAGACUUUUUCAGCUGUGACCUGGCUCUGCAUUUUCAUCGUGGCCUUUGUCAGCCACCCAGUGUGGCUGCAGAAGCCCCUUAAGCGUAAGACACCUGCACAGCUCAAAGUGGCCGCCUGCUGUGAGGAGGUGAAGGAGCUCAAGGCCCAAGUCGCCAACCUGAGCAGUCUGCUGAGUGAACUGAGCAAGAAGCAGGAGCAGGACUGGGUCAGUGUGGUCAUGCAGGUGAUGGAACUGGAGGGCAACACCAAGCGUAUGGAGUCGCGGCUCACAGACGCUGAGAGCAAGUACUCCGAAAUCAACAACCAGAUCGACAUCAUGCAGCUGCAGGCAGCGCAGACUGUUACUCAGACCUCAGCAGAUGCCAUCUAUGACUGCUCUUCCCUGUACCAGAAGAACUACCGCAUCUCUGGAGUGUACAAGCUUCCUCCUGAUGACUUCCUGGGCAGCCCGGAGCUAGAGGUGUUCUGUGACAUGGAGACUUCAGGCGGAGGCUGGACCAUCAUUCAGAGACGAAAGAGUGGCCUCGUUUCCUUCUACCGGGACUGGAAGCAGUACAAGCAGGGCUUUGGCAGCAUCCGUGGGGACUUCUGGCUGGGGAACGAACACAUCCACCGGCUCUCCAGACAGCCGACCCGGCUACGCGUGGAGAUGGAGGACUGGGAGGGCAACAUGCGCUACGCUGAGUACAGCCACUUUGUUCUGGGCAAUGAAUUAAACAGCUACCGCCUCUUCCUGGGGAACUACAGUGGCAACGUGGGGAAUGACGCCCUUUUCUAUCAUAAUAAUACAGCCUUCAGCACCAAGGACAAGGACAAUGACAAUUGCUUGGACAAGUGUGCACAGCUCCGCAAAGGUGGAUACUGGUACAACUGCUGCACAGAUUCCAACCUCAACGGAGUGUACUACCGCCUGGGCGAGCACAGCAAGCACCUGGACGGCAUCACCUGGUACGGCUGGCAUGGAUCUACCUACUCCCUCAAACGGGUGGAGAUGAAAAUCCGCCCAGAAGACUUCAAGCCCUAAAAGGAGGCUGCUGUGGAGCAGGCCUACAGAAAUGGAGACAGAUAGAGAUGGGGCAAGGGCAGAGAAGGAGAGGAAGAGAGUGUUAGAAAGGGUAGGGAUGGGAAAUGGCCUAUAAUCUCCAAUGAAAGAGUAAGUCUCUGAGCAGCACAGUAAAAUCACAUGUACCAUGAUGUUACAGUAAAUGGGAUGUAAUAUUUACACCCAUUGGGUCCUGCCUCAGGGGGCUUGACUGAGUAGGCUCUCUCUGCCCAUGACCCUAAUAGAGCAAUAGACUGGCUUGUCCACAUGAUUUGUCUUUGGAAAAAAAAAAAAAAUUGUGAGAUUGUUUUACCCGUUUUCUCUAAGGCUUAGGUUACAUGAGGGCAAAAAACAAAUAGAUUUGCUGAACAGAACCAAGAGGCCUUGGGUGUUAGAGAAAGGAACAAAAGAGGGUGGUGGAUAAGGCAUAUUUCUAUUUUUAAAUCCAGUGAAAUUACCUUCAGUCUACACAUUUCUUUUAAAACACAAAAACUGUUCGGCUGGAGGUGAGAUGACCCAGGCUGGACUUGCUUACAGGAAACUCCAGGGCGCUGGGCCUUGCAGUCGGACUCUCUGCACCUCCCCUGUUCGCCGCAGUCAGGGGCAGCGCUGGAAGGCAUGAGGCACCAACAGGGGGUGCACAGAGUCCCUCGUGGACAUCUGCACAAAAAUGCCUUAAAAUAGUCACAGUCAAUAUAUUUUUAUUUACUUUGUAAGAAACAAGCUCAAGGAGCUUCCGUUUUUAUCUUGUCUAUAAAAAAUGGUUGAAAAAUGAAGGUAGAUGGCGCUAUGGUUAAUAAUGCACGCUGUAUAUAAGUAUCUUGCUUUGUAAAAAUAAAAUAUUAUAGUUUUGUUUUAAAUGUUCAAAGUUUCUUUUCUUUCUACAAUAAACACUUUCAAAA